GCCAUAGUCCAUGUCAUAACUUAUGGACACAAUGUCUCCUCUCUUUCUAUCCAUUCUCUUGAUAAUCUUUCUGAAACCUCAUUCAUUGUCAGCUCAAAGACAACAAAACAUCACUUCCUUCUCAUCUUCAGACAAGCCCUGGCUUCCUGACCAGAACCAAGUCCUGGUAUCACCAAACUCAACUUUUGCUGCUGGUUUUCGGCCUCUGACAAGUCCACCAGGCUCCUACAGCUUCUCAGUAUGGUACUUCAGCAUCUCUAACAAGACCAUUGUUUGGUCUGCCAGUGUCAAGAAGCCGAUAGAGAGGACUUUUCCACUCGUGAUCACGGGCUCGGGGGAGCUUAGGAUAAAUGGCUCCUCUGGUGAGAAUUUAUGGCCUAACUCAACUAAGGGAGGAAAUGGUACUGAACUCAUUUUAAAGGAUGAUGGUAAUCUGGUUUAUGGGAGUUGGGAGAGUUUUGAUUUUCCGACGAAUACUAUACUUCCUGGCCAGCUUAUAAAUGGGACAGGAAUAAGACUGGCUUCAAACAAUGGGAAGUAUCAGCUGAUAGAUUCUAAAGGGCUGUAUUAUAAUAGCAAUGAGAGCUAUUGGAAUGCAUCACAAGUGCUGAUUAGUUUCGAUACUAAUGGAACGAUCACUAAAGGAAAUGGGGAAACUUCCAUCACAUCGGAUCUUGGGGAAGCAAGGCUGAGGAGAAUGACACUUGAUGAUGAUGGUAAUCUUAUAGUUUAUUCGUUUGAUCCAGAGUUGAAUCAAUGGACUAGUGUCUGGCAAGCAAUGUUUGAAUUAUGUAAGAUUCAAGGUAGAUGUGGUCCUAAUUUUAUUUGUACUAAUUUUGAUAAUUCGAAUUCUACAUCUUGUGUCUGUCCCCCUGGGUACUCGGGCAGAGGAGAAGAUUCGUGUGAGCGGAGAAUUCCCAUAAAUGAGCCAAGAAACAGCAAGUUCCUGAGGUUGGACUAUGUUCUUUUCAGAGGCAGCUCAAACCAGACAGACCUUAAGGCUAGGAACUAUGCAGCUUGUGAAGCACAAUGCAUGAGAGCCCGAAAUUGUCUUGGCUUCUCAUUCAAGUACGAUGGUAGUGGCUAUUGUGUACUGCAGUUGGAUAGGCUGAUAUAUGGAUACUGGUCUCCUGGUACAGAGGCUGUCACCUUUCUCCGGGUGGCGAGCUCUGAAAAUGAAACCUCAGACUUCGUUGGAAUGACGAACUUGCUUGAGACAACAUGCCCAAUUCGGAUCAGCCUCCCUGAGCCACCAGAAGAAUCUAGUUCCACAACUAGAAACAUAGUAAUAAUAAGCACGCUCUUUGCUGCUGAGCUUAUUAGCGGAGUAAUCUUUUUCUGGGCUUUCCUGAAGAAGUAUGUGAAGUACAGAGACAUGGCUCAAACGUUCGGGCUUGAAUUUUUGCCAGCUGGUGGACCAAAACGAUUCAGCUAUGCAGAACUAAAAGUCGCUACCAAUAACUUCUCCAACAUUAUUGGAAGAGGGGGGUUCGGAGAUGUUUAUAGAGGUGAGUUGACGGAUCACCGGGUUGUAGCAGUUAAACGCUUGAAGAAUAUAACAGCAGCCGAGGAAAAGAAAGGGGAGUUUCGUGAGUUUUGGGCUGAGGUCACUAUUAUUGCCAGGAUGCACCACCUCAAUUUGGUCCGGCUAUGGGGAUUUUGUGCUGAGAAGGGUCAUCGGAUACUUGUAUAUGAGUACGUGCCUAAUGGCUCACUUGACAAGUACCUAUUUCGUGUGGGAGAAAACAGGUCUUCGGGUGAUGAGCCAGAAACAGAUGCUAAAGCAGAUACUGAGAGAAAGCCAGUACUUGAUUGGAAUAUCAGAUACCGAAUUGCUUUAGGUGUGGCGAGAGCAAUUGCUUACCUCCAUGAAGAGUGCUUAGAGUGGGUGCUACAUCGCGACAUCAAGCCAGAGAACAUACUUCUAGGGGAUGAUUUUUGCCCGAAAGUAGCAGAUUUUGGAUUGGCUAAAUUAAAGAAGAAGGAGAAAGAGAAUGUUGUCAACAUAUCCAGAAUUCAAGGGACUCCAGGGUACAUGGCACCUGAAUGGGCCAAAUCAGACACAAUCACGCCAAAAGCCGAUGUUUACAGCUUUGGAAUGGUGCUGUUGGAAAUUGUUAGCGGAGUGAGGAACAGAGAAAUACAAGGCUCUCGGAUGGACAGCGAAGACUGGUACUUUCCUAUGUGGGCAUUUGAUAAGGUUUUCAAGGAAAUGAAUGUCGAGGACAUUCUGGACAGUCAGAUCAAACACACGUAUGACAGCCGGUCACACUUUGAUAUGGUGAAUCGGAUGGUGAAAACAGCAAUGUGGUGCCUGCAGGAUCGACCAGAGAUGAGACCGUCGAUGGGGAAGGUGGCUAAGAUGCUGGAAGGGACAGUUGAGAUCAUAGAACCGAAAAAGCCUACAAUAUUCUUCAUCUCAGAUGACCAGUAACUAGAAUUCCCUUAGGCUUAUUUGUAACUAUAUCCAAUCACCCAUGGCUAUCUUUAUGUAACAAGGCUGUUAGCCAUCAAAAUGUUACGUUUUGUACCAGAGUAUAUAACUUUCAUGUGGCAACAGACACCAGCAUAAUAUAUUCUGUUUUUCAAAUCUCUUAAGCUUGC